AUGCGAUCGGCUACAACACCAGCCCUCCAUCUGAUUGCAACAGCUGCGGUUCUGGGGGCCCUGCUCCCAGCCGUGCUGGCGCAUGGAGAUGAGGGCAUGGACAUGGACGGGGCCAUGGACGGGGCCAUGGACGGGGCCAUGGAUAUGGGCGCCCAGCAGCCGGACAGUGACGCCUCAGACUAUCCGCCCAACUAUUUCAGCCAUCCAGAGUACAGGGGGACUCUGGUUGCUCACAUCGCACUGAUGGUGUUGGGCUGGGUCUUCGUGCUGCCCCUAGCGACCAUGUUCUCCCUCGCGCGAUCACGGUACACUCUCCCCACGCAGUUCGUCUUCUUCGCGGUCAACGCCCUCGGCGUGCUGUUCAGCGCAAUCUACAAUGCCAAAACCCCCGAUCUAUACCCCAACAAUGCGCACCACAAGCUGGGCUGGGUUUUGACCUGGAUCCUUUCCGCGCAGGUUGUCGUCAGCCUGCUGGGCCGCCUCGCAGGCGCAUUCAGCAAGAGUGCCGGCGGUGCGCUCAACGCUGCGGAGCGCCAGGGCUUCCUCCCAGUCUCACGAGCUGCCAUGGACGAGCACCACCGGCUGCAUAGCUCACCGUACGACAAUUUGUACCGCCACUCAGACGACAGCGGUCACGGCACGGAGCCUCGGACCGAGUCGCUGAGGAGUCCGUCCUUCUCGUCGACCCCUGACACACUGGCCAGUCCCAGCGCCGAAACGGCGCACAAGACAUUCCACGACGACGACGACGACGAUAUUGAGGCAGACACCGAUCUUCCUCCGCGGGGAGGUGCGAUCCGCAAUUUUGCGACCAAGAUCGGCAGCAAGAUCUCGUCGCGCGCGUGGGGAGUCUUGAUCUUUGGCUACAACGUCGUUGAUCGCACGAGCAUGAUACUGGGCUUCGUGGCCCUGUGCACUGGCGUGAUUACUUACGGCCGCUUCUUCGAAGGGGGAAUGAUCUUCACAGGUCUCGCGCAUUGGAUCAAGGGCGGCAUUUUCUUCUGGCUGGGCAUAUUCACUCUAGGAAGAUGGGCUGGGAGUUUCGGUGAACUUGGAUGGGCAUGGAAUGUGAAACCAAAGUCUGCCAGCGGCCGGUGGACACCAUCAGCCGAAUUCGUCGAGAGCGCUCUCAUCUUUACCUACGGCGCAACCAACAUAUUCUUGGAACACCUGGGCAGCUGGGGCGGUGAGUGGAGCUUCGAGGACCUCGAGCACAUCUCAAUCACCGUGCUUUUCAUCGGAGGUGGCCUGUGUGGCAUGUUGAUCGAAUCCACACGCAUCCGCGACCUCCUGAACACCACCGUCACAGAGGCAGCACAGGAAUCCUACGAUGAGGACGAGCGCGAGACGGCCCUCGAAGAGCCGCACACCUACAACUUUUCGAUGAACCCGAUCCCGGCGCUCGUGAUUCUCCUCCUGGGAAUCAUGAUGUCCAGCCACACGCAGCAGUCCAUGAUCAGCUCCAUGGUGCACAAGCAAUGGGGCAACCUCCUCACGGGCGCCUCUUUCGCCCGCGGCUUCUCGUACGUCAUCACGUACCUGAGACCGCCCACCUCGAUCCUGCCCUCGCGGCCGCCCACCGAGCUCCUCACCAGCUUUGGGUUGAUGGCAGGCGGCAUCAUCUUCAUGGCCUCGAGCGGCGACACCGUCAAUGGCAUGAUCCACCAAAACCUCGACGCCAUGUUCAUGUACACCGUGACCAUGGGCCUCAUCGGCGUCUUCAUGGCGUGGGAGAUCAUCCUCAUUGCCAUCAAAGGCUGGGCCGUGCGGAAGGAGGCUGGCAAGCCUAGGCCGGCCCGGAAGUACUUCUCGGCGUAA